UAUACCUCGCCCUCCCCCCCACCAGGUGCCCAGUGCUGUGGCAGCCACCUGCUGCCCUGCGCUCCCUGCCAGCUGGCGCUGUUUCUGUCUGGCUGUCCACGUGUAGCUACUGAUGGGUCCCAGGCGGGCUGGUGCUUCGGGCUGAGAUUAAAGCAAAUCUCCCUAGAUCUCCCUGCGGUCCCUUUAUUUUCUGCCCUGAUCUGCUGUGAGCUGUCAGCUAGCUGCUGGGUGAUACCCCACAGGGAGCUGUGCUUCAGUGGUGGGUGAACGGCUGUAUAGGUAGAGCCUGGCUCUCUCUUCAACGUGUCAGUUUUACACCAGCAUCGCUCCUUGAUUUCAGUGCAGUUACUUCUGACUUAGGCUGGGGUUAAAGAAUGUCCCGGGUCCCUUUAGGAAAAGUCCUCUUACGAAAUGUCAUUCGUCACACUGAUGCACACAACAAGAUUCAGGAAGAAUCGGAAAUGUGGAAAAUAAGGGAGCUGGAGAAGCAGACUCAAGAGACUUACCGGUGGAAGCAAGGGAGAAUGUCACCCAAUACCUCCAGUAGUCGUAUGCGCAGUGACGGUUUCGAUGAGGAGAGCCAAAGGGCUGAUUGGAAGGCAAAGAACUUCGUGCAUGUUCCGGACAUGACUGAAGACGACCUUCUCCGGGCCCGGACCUGGAAUAAGAAGCUCUAUGAAUGUGAAGCCAACAUGCCAGAUAGAUGGGGUCACAGUGGCUAUAAAGAGUUAUAUCCAGAGGAAUUUGAUACUGACAGUGACCAGCAAGAGAAAGAUGAACAAAACGCUGUCAAUGGAAAGAGGAAAUCUCACCCAGGAAAACAAUCUGUGCCUGAGUCACUCAAAAGGAAGAGGCCAAAGAAAUCACAGAAGAAGAAGCGGAAAAAGAGAUCACACAAAAAGCGAAAGAAGAGGAAAAAGGAGAAGGCUAAGGCAUCAUCAGAUUCUUCCCAGGAAAGCGAGUGUUCAGAGGAGGGGACUUCGGGCACCAGGAAAGGGAAACACAAACACAAGCACAAGAAGACCACCAGGAAAAGGCUUGCAAAGGAACCUGCCUCUUCCUCUGGGCAGGAAAGUGACUCUUCCAGUGUGAGCAGCUCUGAGGACAGCGAACCUGAGGAGAAAAAGGAAAAGUGGUCUAAGAAAAAAAGGAGGAAAUGCCCUGUGUCUGCAUUAGAAAGGCACAGUGAGAUUCAGGAGAAGCAAAGCAAGAGGAAGAACUGGAAAGUGGCAGCUGAUGAGAAGUCGGAGGACAGCUCAGAUGAGGACUAACAAGAGGCUGUGAGUCUGGGGCCAUGGGUGAAAUUGCACGUCAGCGAAUGGAGGCGGACGUUUUCUCCCGACACUGCCCAGUGGUACAAACAAGGUGCCUGACUAAUUUCUGGAGCACAGAACUUUAUACCCUGCCAGCCCUAGGUAUGGGCUCUGCACCUUACUGGCUCGCAGAGGGCACAUCUUUGGUUUUUGCUGGUUUACAACCAGGAGAGCUGAAAGGCCUGUGGAGAAGAAGCCUGUCCCACAAGUCACGUCUCUUACCCAUCCACCCCAGACUCCUGAUUCUAUAAUUGGUCUAAUUUCCUGGCCAUAUUCAGUUUUAAUUGACAAUUCCUGUGGGCCAUCUUCAGAAGGGAAACAGGUGCAUCGGCACCGUCUCUGGGUUUUUUAAAAUUGUUCCUCUUUUCAUGCAUAACCACGUAAUGACCAAGACACAAUUGCAAUAAAGAGCAGAGGCCACAGACUAACAGCACUUCUGCCAACCUGAUUACAAAGGAUGUGCCAUUGGAUUUAACAGCGGGGGCCCUUCACUGCAGCAUUAUCCCCAUGAUGAAAAUAAACGGAUGUGGCCCCAGGUGGACAGUCGAAGUAAGGAGGAGGCACUGGUCUGGAACAAGGAAGGGCGGGUGGGGUGUCACAAUUCUAGCUGCGGGUGUGGUGACCCCACUGCAGUGGUUUGUUUCAAACUUACCUCAGAUCCCCUACCUCUGCCCUUUGUGUGACUGACUUGCCCUCCUUCCUAUCAGUAACACGUCCCUCUCGAUCCACUUGUGCUGAUGGACGGGCCUCUGAUAGAUUUCCUGUUCUGUCUCUGGCUGGCCCAGUGUGUUUGACACAAAGAUUGAGAUACAGGGCGGGAAUGAACCCUUUCUCCCUGCAAUAAACAUGAAGACUCCAUUUGUAUUUUCCUUUUGAAAUCUGAUCUCCUUACCACCACUUCAGCACAAGCCCCAGGGACAGAGCAUGGAUGUGAUCAGGGGUUCUAAAAGUCUGGUCAGGGCUGCUCCUCUCUUUGUACAAUAUGUUCACCACUGAUCAGGUUCCAUAGACCUGUGAAUAUGUUUUAUGGAGCCAGUCUGUAUAUAGGAGAUUGCAUCCCUGCUUAAUACCCUCCAGUAGAAGAUGGCAAAGGGGACUCUUAGCACAUAGUCUCAUACCCCACGUUCCUCUGAAUUUCCAUAUGCGACAGUAGGUGGUGUCUACGCUCACAGAAUGUGGAGGUCUUGAAUCUUUCUAGAUCAGAAUCGAGGUGUCUGGGCUCCCAGAUAUAUAAACUAUGGUCUCAAACGUUUCACAAAGCCUUUUCUCUGUGUGUGUGCUUGCAUAUAUGUAAGCCAUGGAAAUGCAAUAGGAUUACAAAUCUGUGCCCAAGUCAAGCGGAAACAUCAUUCUUACGAGAGUUCAGAUCUGUGCAUGUCUUGGGAUCCUCCUUUGACUUAGCUUUGCUUGAGUGAAGUUCCAGUUGCAGGCUUUUACCACUGAGACUGGACAGUGCUAAAUGCUUCUCUGGUCUGAGCAGUGUAGAUUACUGCUCUGACAUAUUGAGGCUGGGGCAUGCUUUUGUAUUAAAAACUCUUACCCAUCCUCAUUCUGCUAAUCCAUGAACUAAUAAUGUUCCCAGUUGUGCUGCUGCAGUGCCCUGAAGGCAGGUUAUACACAUAGGUAAGGGUUUUAUAGGUUUCUUCCUCAGAACUUCUUGUUGAGACAGCACUCGCAGCUCCUGGAGCUGCAGACAAAGUGCCUCGCUCAUACCUACCUACCUCUUGGGUCUCUGUGAGUGGAAUUAAUGUUUGUACAGCCCCUGGCAGAUGUAAAUUGCCUGAGAUUCCAAUUCUGAACUCCCCAAUCUUAUAUCACUGUAGCUCUGUUGACUUCUGUGGAGUUAUUCCUGAUUUACCCUGCUGGGGGAGCAGAAUCAGGCCCUGAGGAAUUAGAAUCAGGGUGGUGGGCCCCAAAGGACCAGUCCUCAGCUGGAGGAAUAGUGCCUGGGAUAUGAGCUUCAACAUAGAAUGGGGAAUACCUGGGGCUCAGAGAGGUUGUGAGUUCAAAACUAGAUAGCAGAAACACAACAUCAGGGUAGUUUAUCUUCUAGUGAGAAUGUCCUAUAUGUCAGCCUGGCAAACAAAUCUUCCCUGCCUUACUGUCUAUAAUCUGCUCAAUGAGAGAACUAGUAGAUACUUGGGAGGAAGAGGAGGGAACCUGGAUAAAUACACCAUAGCCCAGAUCCUUGGUCUUUGUUUAAAUUUGUUGUCUCCCUUUCUUCACCUGUAGGUGAAGCUUUUUUAGGUCUCCCUGUGCGUAUGGGCUGACACUGGUAAAAUAGAGAAACAUCAUUGUAUCUUUCAUUCCGUGUCCCCCUUCCCCACUGCCACAGUGCUUGGUCUACACUCUGUCAUCCACUCCCUCUUCUAGGCCAAUGUUUGUGACUUCCUUUCCAGGGCAUGAAUAUGUGGGUAGCUCCUUCUCUGAUGGGGUUAAGCAAUGUCCUAUUUCUCUAAGGUCCUGUCUCCUGGUGCAGGGAUUCCCAUGGGCAGGAAGGGGAGCUGCCAAUGGUUCUUUUCUAGUUCAGUGUGAGAGCCACUUCUCUACUGCAGUCUGCAGAAAUGUUCAUGCAAUAAUAAUGCAGCAGCUUUUCACGCACAAGAGAAAUCUUCAAGGAGAUUUUUAUUUUUAUAAAGAAAUCCUCUACAGAAAGAUUUUAAAUUAGGAAAUGUGUAACUGCAGAAUAGAUUCAUAUAUUGCACUGGACCCAACGUGGACUUUAUGGGUGGAUUUUAGGGUAGGACUGAAUGUUGGGGCUCAAACACUGAUCCUACUAUACAGUCCAGCUCCUAAUGCAACCAGUGAAUAGAGUGCUUGGUAUGUUAGUACUUUUGCUUUGGUGGAUUAGUGUCUCAAGGCAUUUGAACAUUGGCUGCCUCAUGCUUCUUCAUUCUAAGAACAUAUGCCAGUUGGGCUCCUGCCAGUUACAGGCAUUUACUCAGGAUAAUGGGCUGGCCAGAAUGGGCUUCAGGAUCUUUUACCCAGCCCUGGCCACUAUUUAUUUACCCAUGAUGAUCCUAACUUUGCCUUCUUUCCCCUUGACGCGGCAGUGUCUACAGUACUAAAUCUCUGCCUGAGGCUGCUGGAAGGGUGUUCCAUAAUAGCCCUUGUUGAACAGAUAAGCAAUUCACUUAUGAAAUUGCCCUCUUUUUUUCUACCCCUUCCCCAAAUCUGUUAAAGAGCUUGUGUGUCUGCAAUUCUGGUACACUCCAGGACUGUUUGGAUAAUCUUCUACCCAAGGCAAGGUUUCCUGCUCCGUAUGAUGUUGUACUACCACCAGUGAACAUAUUUUUGAAGAGAAUUCUAAGAAGUUGCCAGAGAAGGCAGGGUGGAUUGUAUAUCCUUUCUAUGAAACUUACAUACAGGAUUUUUAAUGUGUGUGUGUGUGUGUGUGUGUAUAUAUGUGUGAAAGACAGUUGUGGAUGUUCAUGUUAUUAGAUAACAUAAGUUCUGAUGGGCUCACAGAAUAAACCAGACUUUUCAAAUGUGUGGUCAGUUUAUUUACAAUCACUGCUCACCAGGUUAGGCUAAAUUUGUGUAAAAUAUCACCAUGUAGAUCAUUAAUAGGACUGCAUCCAUUCUUGUACCUUUAAACAUAAGGGGAAAUCUAGUUUAGUCUCUCAAGCACUCAUCAGACUUUUGUAUCAUACUCUAACAUACUCAGAUAACUGGUCUUCUGUCAUUUGCAUUAGUGUAUUGCCCAAUUAAGCUAAGCUGAUAUAAGUGAGGGUUAACCCAAUGAAAAUGCUUCUAGAAUAGGGCCUUCCACCUGUUUGACUAGAUUUAGUUAAACCAGUACAACUUUUCUAAUACAGACAAAAUUUCAGGUACUGUAUCAAUUUACAUUGACAUUUUUAAGAUCAUCUUUAUAACCAGAGGGGCUAUAACCAAUUUAAAAGAAAAAAAAGUUUGGAGCCUGCAGCAAAUUUCACAGCCACAGAACUGCUGUGCAAUAGACUAGGCCCCAGCAAUAAACUUUUAACCAGCUUCACUUUUUGGUUUUCAUUCAUUAUCCUACUGUCCAGCUUCUAGGUUUAGGCUUCAAACACUCUAGCAGAACAAGUGUUUUCAUUAAUUUAUUAGUUCAUUGAAAACAUUUAUAUUCAUAUUACAUUUUUUAAAUUUAAUUUUGAUUCUAAGAUACUAUGCACAUCCCCUGUGUUGGUACAAGCACAUCUUUUCUCUACUUUCCUCUAAUUAGAUAAGACUUAGAAAAGCAGUGAUAUACACUUUCACAUCACAAGACUUGUUUGGACGAGUGUUCCUGAUGGUUUAUUAAAUUGCACUACGAUGAUGCAUUUAUGAACAGUUCAGUGCAGCGAAAGAAUUCACAGGGACAACUGUG